GCCCUGUUAAGAUGCAGACGUUCGAAGACCUCAUCGAUGAGCUGGGUGGUAUGAGCAAGUUCCAGGUCCUUGUCGUCUUCUGCAUCGUAUCCUGCCAGUUCACCAUCGGCUGGAGCAUGCUGCAGAUGUCCUACGCCGGGAUGAUCCCUGACUUCACUUGCCUGCAAGAUGGAGUCAACCACACGUUCAGUGCGAACGAAACGCUCAAUGUGUGCAGCGUGAACGGCACUUCAUGCUCUGGUUAUGUCUUCCAUGGUUCAGACGAUACUGUCAUCUCCGAGUGGGACCUUGUGUGUGACAGAAAGUGGGUGAAGGCGACCAUUACGUCCGUACAGAUGUGUGGAGUUCUGGUCGGCGCGCUUCUUGCUGGUCAGAUGGGGGACGUGUUCGGGCGUCGGAGCUCUCUCUACUUCUUCGUGCUCAUGCAUAUCACGUUCAACUUCAUCGCUGCUUUCUCUACCUCCUGGGUCAUGUUUGCUGCUUUGAGGUUCUUCAUUGGUAUUGGCAUCGGGGCAAUUGUCGUAGUGGUCUUCCCAUAUCCCAUGGAGUUCCUCCCCAUUAAGUGGCGUCCUCUUCUCUCAAUCAUUCCGUCAUGGACUCUCGGUGUGGCUCUCUUUUCAGUCUCAGCUCUCAUCCUGAAAAACUGGUCUCAUCUUCACAUCGCUUGUGGAGUGCUAUCCAUACCCUCCUUACUAGGGUGGGGUUUCGUUCCAGAAAGCAUCCGUUGGUUAGCUACGAAGGGAAGGCUAAAAGAAGCUGAGGAGAUAUUUGUCAAGAUGGCUCGACUCAAUAGAAAAACACUACCAGAAAACACUCAGUUUGUCCUUCAACAGAUCAUGCUCAAGGAAAGAGAAGCUCGAGACAAGGGCAGGAAAUACUCGUACAUUGAUAUCUUCAGGGGUUGGCGCAUGACCAAGAUCACCUUGGUCGUGACUUUCUUCUGGUUCUGUAUGGCUCUCUCUUUCUAUGGUAUUUCAUUUGGAGUCGCGAGCCUUUCUGGGAGUCUCUACCUGAACAUCUUUUUGUUAGGCGUUCUGGAAAUCCCGGUACAAACAAGUACAUUUUUCUUCAACAACAAAUUUGGGCGUCAGAAAACGUCCCUGUUUUUCUUUGCAAUCACUUGCGUGUCUUGCCUUGGGUGCCUGUUGGCUUACUUAUUUGCUCCCGACGGUAUCCGCGGACCUGCGAUCAAUGGACUCAGUCUCACCGCAAAAAUGAUGGUUGGGUCGGCAUGGUCUUGCAUUCAAACCUGGGGUUCUGAGCUUUACCCAACCGUCACUCGCAAUCUGGGCUAUGGUUUCACAAACACUGGUGCCAGAAUUGGGGGCAUUGUGGCGCCUUUUGUCAUCGACCUGGAUAAUCGGGUGGCCCUUUCCUACGCCGUUAUGUCUGGCCUCUUUCUGGCCUGCGUCUUUCUAGUGUUCGCUCUGGAGGAAACUAAAGGGAAAGCACUCGAGGACAGCCUCGCCUGCAAUGGGGGGAGCGCAGACAAUGCUGAUCACUCCCUCAGCCUCAAAGACAAACUCGAGCAAGAGGAAGAUACGAGCAGUGGGGUAAUCAUUUACAAGGGACCAACGGGUAAAGAACUGAAUAAUGUGGCAAAAGUUUAACGUUAGUUCG